GCUGCUCCCCGCCUAUUACUUUCAGUCAGACGCUGAUCGGACGCUGAGAUGUUCCUGCUGGAUGUGCUCGGUCACCCGGUGUGGGCUGUCUCCGCGGCGCUGCUGGCGAUCGUCGUGCGCCUCCAGAGGAGAGCGCGCUGGGAUCCGCGAGCCUGCAGCGCGCGGCUCGCCGGGAAGACUGCGAUAGUGACGGGAGCCAACACAGGAAUCGGGAAGUUCAUUGCCCUGGACUUUGCACGUCGGGGGGCCCGUGUUAUCCUGGCCUGUCGGAGCGAGGCCAGGGGGUCAGUGGCGCUGAAAGAGAUCAGGGAGGAAACAGGAAACCCUGAUGUCCACUUGCGCCUGGUGGACCUGUCCUCUCUGGAUUCCGUCAGGGAAUUUGCCAAGGGGAUUCUUGAGGAGGAGAAAGCUCUCCACAUCCUCGUCAACAACGCCGCGGUAUCAGGUUUACCCAGGCAUAUAACCAAAGAUGGGCUGGACAUGUCUUUUGCCACAAACGUACUGGGACCAUUUCUUCUCACCAACCUGUUGCUGGACCUCAUCAAGCGUUCGGCUCCGGCACGUAUUGUCACCGUCAGCUCAAUGAACCACAAGAAGGGUGAAGUGGACUUUGCUCACUUUCGCGGCGAGAACCUCACUUAUUUCAUGGAUAAAGUCUACAACAACACUAAGCUGCACAAUAUCAUCUGCACCAAUGAGCUGGCCCGCAGGCUGCACGGGACAGGUGUCACCGCAAACUCCGUGCACCCUGGUGUCGUCAUGACCGAGGUGAUGAGAUACUAUCCAUUCAUCAUCCGUUUUCUUUUCAACCUCAUUGGAUUUUUCUUUUUCAAGUCACCGGAGGAGGGCGCUGUCAGCUCCAUCUACUGUGCGGUAUCAGAAGAAAUGGAGGGGAUAACUGGGAAGUAUAUCGACAGCGACUGCUCCCUGCUCCUGCCCGCCCCUCUAGCUCGAGACGCUGCCCUCGCAGUCAAGGACUUUGAGAUGUGCGAGAGACUGACAUCAAAGCUGUGAAACGACUAUCAGGCGCACGGAGGCAUGAUAACAGAGAAAGGGGUCAAAGUCCACCCACGUAUUGCACCGCGUCUUUAAAAUCGUCAAGUGGAGGAGACGCGUUUGUUUUUUUUGUUUGUUUGUUUUUUUUUUUAGGGGACACACAGGUUAAAUCAAAUCUUGUAUACUUGUAAAAUGAUAAAGCGUUGUCGUUCUUCCCUGCAUUGGUGUGGGUCAGGCUCAAAUGGUGUGGCACUUAACGCCGAGAAGAAGCAGUCACACUGGCAGUCGUGUUGUCUGAGUAAUUGUCAUUUGGUUCUCAGGUUCCAAUAAGUGGCACAAUCACUUCCCUUUAUUGACUCCAUUCAUUAAAACACAGCAAAACGUGUGAGCAUUCAGUGCUUUUUGAAGAAUUUGUACAGCGUUCAUUCCGUCACGUCUUCAGGCCUCGCUAUUUGGCUGCGGAGACAAGAGACAGCGAGAGAACAGUCUGGUUAACAAAUGUGUUUUUGAUCACAGCACUAUCACUUGUAAGUGUGCGUCUGCUAAUCAUCUUUGGAUAAUAAAAAGAAGAUGCAAGGCCA